AUGGACCUUCUUAUCGGAGUCUUAGCUUUUGCAUGUUUAAGUUCAUUUGUCUCUCCCGACGCACAAGGAGAUGCACUUUAUGCAUUGAAGAUUUCUCUCAAUGCUUCAAGCAAUCAGCUUACUGAUUGGAAUCAAAAUCAAGUCAACCCAUGCACUUGGUCCAAGGUUUUAUGUGAGGGCAGCAAUGUCACUACAGUGACAUUGUCCAAUAUGGGAUUUUCUGGGACGUUAUCACCGAAAAUCGGGAUCUUGAAGACGCUGAACACACUGCAGUUGCAAGGAAAUGGUAUAACUGGUAAAAUACCUGAAGAAUUGGGAAAUUUGACGAGCUUGACUAUGUUAGAUCUCGAAAAUAACCAUUUAACUGGAGAAAUACCGUCUUCCCUUGGCAAUCUCAAGAGUCUCACAUUUCUGAUUUUAAAUCAAAACAAUCUCUCUGGACCAAUUCCUGAAUCACUUUCAAGUCUCUCCAGCUUAGUCAACUUACAGCUUGCUUCGAACAAUCUAAACGGCAGCAUACCUGAGCAACUAUUCCAGAUUUCCAAAUAUAAUUUUUCAGGUAAUCAACUGAAUUGUGGCAUCAGAUCUGCCCACAGUUGCGCGUUUGAAAAUGGAGGCCAUUCGAGUAAAUCAAAGGCUGGCAUGGUAAUUGGGAUUAUUGGGGCCUUCCUAGUGAUUAUUCUUCUCGGAGCUUUACUCCUCUUAUUUCUUUGGAAGGGCAGGCAAAAAGGGUACAGGCGUGAAGUCUUUGUUGAUGUUGCAGGUGAAGUUGACCGAAGGAUUGAAUUCGGUCAACUCAAGAGAUUCGCGUGGAGGGAAUUGCAGCUGGCCACGGACAAUUUCAGUGAAAAGAACGUGCUCGGGCAGGGAGGUUUCGGAAAGGUCUACAAAGGCGUGCUUGGCGAUAACACAAAGGUCGCAGUCAAACGUUUGACCGAUUUCGAGAGUCCCGGUGGCGACACCGCUUUUCAACGGGAAGUCGAGAUGAUAAGUGUGGCUGUUCACCGGAAUCUCUUGCGGCUCAUCGGCUUUUGCACCACACCAACGGAACGGCUUCUGGUCUACCCUUUCAUGCAGAACUUGAGCGUUGCUUCACGCUUACGAGAGCUUAAGCCCGGGGAGCCCGUCUUGGACUGGGCGACGAGAAAACGGGUGGCACUGGGCACGGCCCGUGGGCUUGAGUACCUGCACGAGCAUUGCAACCCGAAGAUCAUCCACCGGGACGUGAAGGCUGCAAAUGUGCUAUUGGAUGAGGAUUUCGAGGCGGUCGUGGGGGAUUUUGGGCUUGCGAAGCUGGUUGAUGUGAGGAGAACGAAUGUGACGACACAGGUUCGUGGGACGAUGGGCCACAUAGCUCCCGAGUACUUGUCCACAGGAAAGUCUUCGGAAAAGACGGAUGUUUUCGGAUACGGGAUCAUGCUUCUUGAGCUCGUCACCGGUCAAAGGGCUAUUGACUUCUCCCGAUUGGAGGAGGAAGACGAUGUCUUGCUCCUCGACCAUGUGAAGAAGCUCGAACGGGAGAAGAGGCUAGAGGGGAUAGUGGACCGGAAUUUGAGGCGUGAGUAUGAAAUAGAUGAGGUGGAAAUGAUGAUCCAGGUGGCACUCCUCUGCACACAGUCAUCACCCGAGGACCGGCCCGCUAUGUCUGAGGUUGUCCGAAUGCUCGAGGGAGAAGGGCUGGCCGAGCGGUGGGAGGAGUGGCAGCACGUGGAGGUCACCAGGCGGCAAGAGUUCGAAAGGCUCCACAGGCGCUUCGAUUGGGGAGGUGACGACUCACUCCACAACCAGGAUGCUAUUGAGCUCUCGGGAGGUCGCUGA